CACUUGUUUAUCUGGCUGUUCUUUUGACAUUGAGCUCUUGGACACUGCUGUCACCUAGUCUCUGAAGCAGAAUAGGCUAUAUUGAUAAUGCAUUCAUAUUAUCUGUGCGCUCAUCUUAAAAUAAGAUGUCAAGGUCAAUAUUAACAUGAUGUACAGUGUUUCUAAAUGCCUCAAAGCAUGUGAAAAACAGCGCGCUCCUGUGAGGAUCCUUCAUUGGGUUCCAGUGUCGCUCCAGACUGAAGAGCAGCACAUGCACACGCGCUUUCUGUCUCUUCUACCUCCGUGUUUGUCACCCACCCGCACGAGCCCGUCUCCCCCUCCUCCCCGAGCAUGUGGGUACGGAUGGAUGGCGCACAGGCCCGUCUGAAAGGACAAUACAGCACAAAGGCGCUGGACUCAGUAAUGUCGCCACUGAAAAAAUGUGUCCAAAUGUCUGGUUUUCUCUCAGCCAGCCCCUGAAAUCCAGUUAAUGACGUCUAUAGAAACUCUCUCUCAUUGCUCUGAAUGGAGCCACCCUAAUAAAAGUUGAAAUGGAGGAUGAAGAUGGUACUUGUUUACUUGAUGUUUUGUGUGACCCUCAAGCCCUAAAUGAUUUUCUUCAUGGGACAAAUGAGCUGCCAAGUGGAGACUUACUCAUUAAUUCAUCCUCUGGAGAGCCAUCCCUCUUUACAGACACUCCAAGCCCUGCGUCUCUGUUAGGAGAUGAUGCUAGUUCUCAGGACACUCCUGUCUCUGGCUGUGUGGAUCUCUCCUUUCUGGAGGAGGCACUGCUGGCAUCACCAGCAUCAUCACUAGGAAGCGGAGGUCCUGAGGCGCAAGAAGAUCCCAACGUCCAACUAGUGGAACAGCAGAAAGAGUCAGAAGAGAUCUGUGACAUUCUCCAGCAGAGCCUUCAAGAGGCAGACAUCACAGAAGACACACUAGCAUUAGAGGCAGGACUUGCCCAAACGGCAGAAACUCUCCAGCUUGACUUGUCUGAUGUACCACUUCCUUUGCCUGCAACACCGUAUUUUUCCAAGCCAUUGACCAUUCCUGGCUUGAUCUCUUUACCAAAGGACACUCAAACAGCAGUUGAGCCUCCUCAGCCAUCUUUGUUAGCUGUCGGCCCAGGCUGCCCCUCACUCAAACCUCCAGGAACCCAGUUAAUGAGUCUACUUCCUGGGAAUGUCUUCCCCACACCUCCACUCGAGGCAUCCUUUUCUAUUAAUUCAGCACAAAGCACCAGCAUGAUUAUCCAGAAGACCCUACCAAGCCUCACAAGCCGCCAGAUGUUGGCCUCCACCAUUAGAACGAUUACCCCAUCAGGGGUCAUGUUACAAAAAACUCCUCUACCCAUUCAGCCUAAGUUACCAGUAAGCAUCCAGCCCAGGCUCGUACAGAUUAGUCCCAGGCCAUCAGGACAGAAACCAUUGCCAGGAUUUGCCUUCAUCUCAACAAACACGUCGCAGAGUGUCUUGUUAUCCCCUUCUGUUGGCUCAAAGCAGUCCUUACAAGCACAGUCUGCACCAAGUGUCAGCAAACCUGUUCUGGUUGGUCAGGGAGGCCCCAUUGUCAUUCAGCCCCAGGAUCCUUUUCAGGGCCAGAGACAAUUCUUUCUGCCGAGUCACACACCUGCAACUAUGUCCCAGUCUACCAGCAUUCCAAGGUGUAUUCUUAGUACCCCAAGCAAUCAGGUGUCUAAUAAACCCAAUGUUGACAGUUCUCAUAUUGUGACUGUACGCCCAAGGCAAAUCAACUUCAGCCCUAUUUUUGCCUCCCCGACUGGACAGCUCACCCUAAAACAAGGGGCUCUUCUGUCAGGGUCCUUACCAAUUCGUUCAACACCUCCUACAGUCUUCCAGAUGCCAACACAGCUAACAGGGACCUAUGCACCUCAAGUGCAGGGGCAGCAUGAUGCGGUAGUUCAAAACACUGGUGGAAACCAGAUCACAUUGAUUAAUAAUGCCAAUAUGCUCAUUCCUGAUAUGACCAACAUACCAAUAGUUAAUGGUCAGUCAUUGAUACAAAGUGUGCCUUUGGUGCCUCAAGCCCAAAGUGCUCUAAUAGGGAAAAAUGAGGAAAAGAUGAGUCUUACCCAGAAUUCAGUGGUUCUUAUGCCUGAGAGAACAACAGAAGAUCAACAGGAGAAAGUCAACAAACCAUUUCAAGAGAGCAGAUUGCUGCCUCCAGCUUCAGCGGAAGCAGAGAUUCACGCUCUGCCCUCUCCUGUAUCAACUCUACUACAGUCACCACCAGAUAUUAGUUGUACCCCUGAGACAGUUUUGUCAUUAUCCCCCCAGCUGAUUACCCAGAAAGGAGAGCAACAGUUUUCUGAAGGAGAACAUAACCCAUUGCAUCACAAUCAGGCUUUAGUACAUUCUCAUGAGGAGUAUCCACUUAAACCGACAGCCACCCAAGAUUCCUUAGCUGCAACUCUGCUUGUGCAAAUGGACAACCACAUCUCUAGUGCUGUAAAUGAAGCUGAGGAUUCGCUCACAUCCUUGACUGCACCUGAGACCUUCUCUUCAUUGUGUGAGAGUGAAGAGAUCCUUAUGUCAGCGUAUCAUGGUUCGGGACACAACGAUAUUCUAUUGCAAUCCCCUAUUGACCAGUGCUCUGUAAAGACCACAGACACAUACUCCAUGAAGGGCUCAACACCUCUAGACUCAGAUCAGAAGGAUUCCUCUGUAUUGAUUACUCUUGGUGCUGAUCCCAAGUGUCAGGAGGGGCCGGUAAUGAGUAAGAGCCCUUCCUCAGAGAAGUUGUUGAUGUAUCCGGAGCAACUGGGCCAAAGUCAUGUGUUAACUGAUCUCAGCAGAACCUCAGAGUCAACAGCACAUGAGUACAAGCAGCUGUACAGUGAACAUGACACGGAGCUCACAGUCCCUAGGAACAGUGGGAUAAUCUCUUUGGACCAGAAUGAAUUACAGGAGAAGGUAUAUCUCGGGCCCAGGCUGCUUGCCCAGGACAAGGAGACCUACUCAGCACUUCAGAAGAAUCAGACUCCAACCUCAAUCGUGGAUCCAAAAGAGGAGAAGCUGAGACUAGCAAAGAAACAACACAGGUUCAAACAGCAACUGUUUUUGGACCACAGUGCUGUUCUCAACCCAAACACUUCGGCUCCAUUUGUUUCAGUGGAGGAUGCUUUGAGACAUUUGUUACCUUACCAUACUUGUGCUAGAGCUCUACCCAGCCAGGAUGACUUUAUCUCAGUGGACAAGCAGUUUGAGUGUGUUUCAAUCGUUCUAUUGGAACGUAUCAAAGAUAUGUUGAACAAGUCCAGGAAACUACUUCUGGCUGAAUCCCAGCAGGAAAGCCCAUCAGCAGAGAUGGUGAUGCUAGAGCGUUUGUUUCUCCAGUCAGAAAGAGUCUCACUGGCCGAGGACAGACGCAGAGCCAGAAGAGAUCCAGCAGAGUCCUUCCUCAUGUCCCAGCCCAAGAACUCAUCGUCAGCCCAGAGUGGCCUUGCCGGUUGUCCUCCGUCUCCACCAUCAUGGACCUUGCAAUCCGAUAGACCUCCUGGCCUCAAGACAUAUCGAUCCAGUAACAAAGGAGCAAUACGCCUCACUAUCAAACAAGAGUCAGGAUCCCGCAAAGUUAUCCACAACUCAUGUGAUGCCUCGCAUUCCAUCUCUGGUUUUAAACGAAACUACAGCGGCCAGUUAACCAAGGGAGGAGCCAUGCACGGUAAAGAUGAAUCUCUCAAGCCUAUUUUAUCAAAUGUGGCAGAGAACAAAAAUGAUCAGAAGUCAGAUCAGCUAAACACACUGAGUUUGCACCUUGACAUGGAAACACUUAGGACCGGUAGUGAUUCACAGAACUUCUCUGAUUCUGUGGCCGGGCCAGACUAUGUAGCUCCAAGGGUGCAAGAGCAGUGCACUCCAGUGCUUAAAAGGAACAAGCUGGCUGCUUCUGCAGCACAGCCUGACAGUUUGCCUGCAUUAGUGGAAGAUGGGGAACUAAGUGAACACCUGCAAAGUGCUUUAGACAGCAUCCUGGAGCUGCAAAGGUUGCAGGGUUCUGUAGCAGGGGUUAAACCCACGAUUCAACAGCCUCUUGCACUGGAUCAGGCAGUCAGCAGCAUGCUAGAAGGACAACUAUGAGACAAUUUGAGCACUUGAGAAAGGAAAGGCCUGCAUUCCACCUUCAGCAUGGACUAAUUUUUAUUUAUUAAUUUUCCUGAGGAAGGUGGUCCUAAUUAUUAACUAUUAUUUAUUGUGUAAAUAGAGUAAACAGAAUCUGGGAAGUUUCUUGAAUCUUUGAAAAACCUUUUUGUGGAGAUGCAUUAUACUAAUUUAUAGUCUUCUAUCAGUUUAAGACAAAUUUAAAACACAAGUGCAGUUUGGCUAUAUGUAUAUGCCAUUUUUCAUGUGAAUGUGUCUCUCUCUUUUGAUGGGGACUUAGGUUUGCUUGAUGUUGUUUGGAUGUUUUUAAUAGCUCUUUACCAAACUCUGGGGUGGCUGAAGAAGCAAACCAGAGUACAUUUGAAAAUGGCAGCUUGGAGUACAGUUCAUGUGGAUGUUAACUGGCCUAGCAGCCUUAAAAACUGCCUUAUACAGCAUUUGUGAGAAUGUACCAAGGCAAACUGCUUGGUCCUAACUCAAGUUCAGAAAACACCAGCCUAAUGAACCAAACUGGCGUCAAGCAGAUUUGGGUCUGCACUAUAAAACUCUAGUGUGAAAGCAGCCUUCGUGUUGUAUGCGGAGACAGUUCAGAGAAUGAUGGCGGUUUCCGCUUGUUUACCCCCAAAGAAAAUAUAACCCAUUUCAUUCUAAGUCACCAGCAAAACCAAUUUAAGCACCAGUGAGAUUUCAUAAAUGCAUUACCCUUAUGCAGAACGAAAAUGUAAAGCAUAACAGGACCUCCACUGAUCAAAUGGCAGAUGUAAUGUAUGACUUAUUGUGUUACUGCAAUGAACUGUACAAUUCCAGUUGUGGUUUAAAGGAGAAGUUCACUUCCAGAACAAAAAUUUACAGAUAAUUUACUCAUCGCCCCCUUGUCAUCCAAGAUGUUCAUG